CCUCUUGAUGCCCUCUGCUUUCUCCCUCCCUUCACUCAGGAUGCUUCAGACCUUGUAUGACUACUUCUGGUGGGAACGGCUGUGGCUGCCUGUGAACUUAACCUGGGCUGAUCUAGAAGACCGAGAUGGACGUGUCUAUGCCAAAGCCUCAGAUCUCUACAUCACACUACCCCUGGCCUUGCUCUUCCUCAUCAUUCGAUAUUUCUUUGAGCUUUAUGUGGCUACACCACUGGCUGCCCUUCUGAAUGUAAAGGAGAAAACUCGGCUGCGGGCACCUCCCAAUCCCGCCCUGGAGCAUUUCUACCUGACCAAUGGCAAGCAGCCCAAGCAGGCAGAUGUGGAACUGUUGUCACGGAAGAGUGGGCUCUCUGGCCGCCAGGUAGAGCGCUGGUUCCGCCGCCGUCGCAACCAGGACCGACCCAGUCUCCUCAAGAAGUUCCGAGAAGCCAGCUGGAGAUUCACAUUUUACCUGAUUGCUUUCAUUGCCGGCAUGGCCGUCAUUGUGGAUAAACCCUGGUUCUAUGACAUGAAGAAAGUUUGGGAGGGGUAUCCCAUACAGAGCACCAUCCCUUCCCAGUACUGGUACUACAUGAUUGAACUUUCCUUCUACUGGUCCCUGCUCUUCAGUAUUGCCUCUGACGUAAAGCGAAAGGAUUUUAAGGAACAAAUCAUCCACCAUGUGGCCACCAUCAUCCUCAUCAGCUUCUCCUGGUUUGCCAAUUACAUCCGGGCAGGGACUCUUAUCAUGGCUCUGCACGACUCUUCUGACUACCUGCUUGAGUCAGCCAAGAUGUUUAACUAUGCGGGAUGGAAAAACACCUGCAACAAUAUCUUCAUUGUCUUCGCCAUUGUCUUCAUCAUCACUCGACUGGUCAUCCUGCCCUUCUGGAUCCUGCAUUGCACCGUGGUAUACCCGCUGGAGCUCUAUCCUGCCUUCUUUGGCUACUACUUCUUCAAUUCCAUGAUGGGAGUGCUACAGCUGCUGCAUAUCUUCUGGGCUUACCUCAUUUUGCGCAUGGCCUACAAGUUCAUAACUGGAAAGCUGGUAGAAGAUGAACGCAGUGAUCGUGAAGAAACAGAAAGUUCAGAGGGGGAGGAGGCUGUAGCUGGAGGAGCAGCAAAGGGCCGAUCCCUAGCCAAUGGCCAUCCCAUCCUCCUUAACAACCAUCGUAAGAAUGACUGAACUGAGGUCUCUGCUGCCCCCCAGACUGAUGUGUAAAGCCAAGGAACUGCCCCACCUUCCCCACAGGGUCACUUUAAGCUCUGGGGAGAAAGGCGAGGGAGGAGAGGUCUCUGUGCCCUCCCCAUUUGUCACCCAAUUGCCUUUAAACCAAAUUCUUAUUUAUCUUAUCCUCAUGUGGAGGGGAGGUUGGUUAUAUCCUCUUAGAGGGGGAUGGUCUUAUUUUCCUCUCUGUCCUCCAAGUUGUCCUUUACAUUGCUUUUGAGACCCUUCCUAAACUCUGAGGGUGGAGUUUACAACUCACAUUCCUUACACUUCAGAAUUUGGCCUGAGCUGUUUGCCUUUGACUCCCUGACCUCCAGAGCCAGGGUUGUGCCUUACUGUCCCACCUGUGGGCCUCACUCUGCCAAAGUUGGACCACCUUUCUAAACACUCUACUUGGGCCAGAAACCAAAGCGGAGCUGCCUUUAACCUCUUCCCUUCUAAGACCCAAACAGUCGAGUGUAGGAGGGUACACAUGACCCUUACCCUACCUCUGCCAAAAGUAGGGACUGUGCAAACGGUCUUUUCUUCAUGUUAUUCUCUGCCAGCUACCCCUGUAGCCACAGGUCCAAAAUCUAGCUGCCUUUCUCUGAUAUCUUCCUCUUCUCUUCAGCUAGGCAAGCUGGUUUGGAGUAGAAUGGCAACUAGUUUUAAUUUUUAUUUAUUAAACAUGCGAAAUUUUGGUUUUAAAGCCAGAAUGACAGCUAGCACCUGGCAUUUCAGCAGAGGGACCAUUUCAGACCAAAAUGUACUGUUAAUGAUUUUUUUUUUUAAAUUAAAAUAUAUUAAAGAUUAAGUAAAACAU